UUGAUUUCCAGUGAAUUUUUAAUAAAAAAUUAUUCCAGAGAAUUCGCCGACAUCAAACGCGCUCUACCGCAAAUCCAGCGAACUUGGCGCGAUGCCCAAGUCGAAUUUCCGCACAUUCAAAACCAGGAAGCCAACCUACGCAACAAACUCGACGUGUUGCGCGCGAAAUUCAACGAAGAUUCACGCGACAAUGAAUUGUUGACGAAAGGAAGUACUGUUCAUAUUGCAUUGUUGGAGGCGAAGGCGAGCGGAAGAUUGCCGGGAUUGUUGGGAAGAUUGGUGAGCACAGCGGGUUUUGGGGGCGAAUUUGGAGCAUUUUGAUAUCAAAUUUGGAUAGAAACGGGGAAAAUGGCCUAGAAAAUCAAAAUAUGGCCUAGAAAAUCAAAAUAAGGCCUAGAAAACCAAAAAAUACCGUAGAGCCUUGAAAAAUGGCCUAGAAAAUCAAAAUAUGGCCUAGAAAACCAAAAAAUACCGUAGAGCCUUGAAAAUGGCCUAGAAAACCAAAAGAUGGCCUAGAAAAUCAAAAGAUGACUCUAGAAACCAUUUUUUGAAUUUAAUUCUGUCUGAAAAUUCUCCUAGAUCUUCUAGAAGUCUUCCCGGACCUUCUAAAAAUUAAGAAAAAUUUUCUAGAUUUUCUAGAAGUCUUCUCGGACCUUCUAAAGAUUCAGAAAAAUCUUCUAGAUCUUCUAGAAUCCUUCUUGGAUCUAUUUUAAACAUGUAAUUGAAAAUCUUCUAAAUUUCAGCUUCAUCAUGCAGAAAUUCCAAAAAUUCAAUGAAAAAUUGAUUUUUUAAGCUUCAGAGCUCAAAAAUUUGAAAUUUUUUCAACAAAAAAUAUACCAGAUUUUUUCCCAAUUAGAAACCUCAGAACUCUCCGCUGUAAUCACGGAGCAUCGUUGUAAACCCCCACAAUUCUUCCAGGGAGAUCUUGGAGCCAUUGAUCCACUCUACGAUGCAGCCAUCUCAACAACUUGCCCACAUUUGGAUUGGUAUGUUGUGGAAACUGCAAAUGAUGGACAAGCUGCUAUUGAUUAUUUGAUUGAGGUGAGAUUUUGGGGUUUCUAAGUUGAAAAUCACGAAAUUCGGUUGAUUUUAAGUUGAAAAUUGUGAAUUUGUGAACGAUUUCAGGUUAAAAAUUACGAAUUUUCAUUAAUUUUAGGUUAAAAAUGAGGAAAUUUACUAAAUUCUUCAUGAAAAAUCAUGAAUUUCAAAUCAGAAUCCAUGAUUUUCAGCCAAAAUUCGAUUUUUUUCAGUGCUCACUUCCUCGAUGCUCAUUCAUGUGUUUGGAUCAAACUCUAAACGCCGAAGCAAGUAUGAACAGGAAUAAAAAGGAUUUGUGAGUCGAAAAACCCUUUCCCCCUCUAAAAACCUCCCAAAUUCCAGCCCAGCUCCUCGACUCUUCGAUCUUUUGCGAAUUCAAGAGCCGCGAAUUCGAAAAGUGUUUUAUCAAAGUGUUGGAGAUAUGCUUGUUGUGCCCGGAUUAUUAGAAGCCCAACGAAUCGAUCGACAAUUUCAUGGCAAAUAUCGAAUUGUGACGUAUGAGGGAAAUACGAUUGAGAGGACUGGAGCGGUUUCGGGUGGUGGAAAAGCUAUUACGUGAGGCGAUUUUCGGGCUAGAAAUCUGAAAAAUCUGAAAAUUUUGAUGGAAAAUUCAUGUUUUUUGGAUAAUUUUGAGCUAGAAAUUGAAUAUUUUGAUAAUAAAUUUGAAGACGGCCAUUUUGAGUCUAAAAAUGAUAUUGCUCAUGUUAAGACGAUCAUUUUGAAUCUAAAUAUGAGCAUUAUCCUAUUUAGUCUCGAAAUGAGUUCCUUAACAUGAGCAAUACCAGAAAAUCGCUUUUUGAGCUCAAAUUCGAGAUUUUUGGAUAAUUUUGUGCUAUAAAUCAAGAAUUUCUGAAAUUUUCUAUCUAAAAUUUGAGUUUUCUAGUUAAAUUCGGGCUGAAAAUUCAGCACGUUUGAUUUUGAAUACAAAAAGGAUAUUGCUCAGGUUAAGAGCAGUUUUUUGCUGGCUAGAAAGCAAUACUAGCAAUAUCAUGUUUGGACUCAAACUGAUCGCUUUAACAUGAGCAAUCCAAAAAACAACAUUUUUUUGCAGUGGUCGAAUCGGAAGUGAUAUUCGAGCUCCACAAAGCGAAAAACAACAGGAAGAAUUUCGACAAACCAAAGCGCAACUCGAUCAAACUACAGAAGAACAUGCGGAAAUCUAUGCCAGAUAUCAAUUUGUAAGCUACAUAGACUACUGUACCUACAGUACCCCAAUUUCAAUCGAUUUUUUGCAGCUCGAAGUCCAAUUGGCUGACAUUAGCAAAAAAGCGAAUGGAAUGAUUGCAGCCAGAGAUCGAUUGCAAAAUUCGUUUGCCGAUCAAACUACAAACAUUGAGACAAAAAAACGGGCUGUCGAAGCGCAGGAGAACAAAGUUGCUCUAGCGAAAUUCGAUCCGAAGGAGAUGGAGGAAAAGGAGAAGAAAUUGGAGGAGAUGAAGAAGGGUGGGUAUUUCAGUUUUGAAAUUCAUGGAAAUCUGAAAUUUUUUAAGCUGAAAAUGUUGAUUUUCUGCUUGAAUUUGAAGUCUUAGUUCGAAAAUCUGGAAAAAUCAUAACUAUGAUUUUUGGAAGCAAUUUUUAAGCGCAAAUUCGGAAUUUUUUGCUCAUUUUCGAGGAUUUCUAAUUACCACGUCAUAACUCUGAUUUUUCUUGAGCUCAAAUUCUGGAAUUUUCGGAUUUUUCUGAAAUUUUGAAGCUAAAAAUCGAGCUCAAAAAAUUUCAAAAAUCAAGUUUAACCCAAGUUUUUUUGCAGAACUCCAAGAAGCUGAAGCUGAAGCAAAAGCUGUAAAAAUAAAAGUGACAAAAUGCUCGUCAAAAAUCGAUGGAAUGUUCAAUGAACUUGUGGCAAAAUAUCGUGCACGAGCUGCACUCGCAAAAGAACGAUAUAUGAAUGUGGAAGAGGAGAUUGCCAAGGAAAAUGCGGCCAUUAUUAAUUCUCAACAUAAUGUCGCUGCGGUAUGUUUUUUGUCUUUGAAAAAUUCGGGAUUCUGAAGAAUUCAGGAUUUUUUAAAAUUCAAAAGUUCGCGCUGAAAAUCCAAAUUGAUUUUUAAAAUUCAAAAAAUGCCACGUGGCAAGAAAAAUCAGUUUGCUCGAAAAUAUGAGUCUUGAAAUUACGCGAGAAAUUUAAAUCUUGAAAUUUCACAUCAAAAACUAGUUUGAAAAAAAAUUCAAAUUUUUGCGUUCUCAAAAAAAUGCCACGUGGAUUUUUCAGAGUGAAAUUUGAAAUGCUUUAAGAAUUUUCAAAAAAAAUUCCACGUGGCAAAAAAUCAGCCGGAAAUUCCCCCAAAAAUUGUGAAUCACGAUAUUUCGCGGGAAAUUCUUUUGAAAAAAAUUUUGGCUACUGUAUGUACCUUUAAAAUUUGUUUGUCGAAUUUUAUUGUGAGCAAUUAUGAUUUUUUCACAGAUGGAGCGAUUGCUUGUCGAAUUGCGAGAUACUUUGAUGAAAAAACGAAUAGAAUGUGAUGCUUUGGGUUCGGCUGAAGCCGAUGGAAAAGAAGUUUUUGCGUUGAAUGAUUUGGUCAGAAAUCGAAGGGUUUGUUGUUUUGUGAGACUAAAAAAGUCUAGUCUCUCUUUUUUUCCAGCAAAAACUUUCACUUCUCCGCGACGCCGCUCAAGAACUCCGAAAACGACGGCAAGAACUCGACGAAGAGGAACGAAAUCAGAAUCGAAAUCUGACGGAUCUUCGAGAUUCGCUAACUUCUCUCAAUCAAUCGCUGGAUGAUAUUGAAUUGCAACUCGAAGGUUUUCAGCGGCAAAUCGCAGCGCUGAAAAUCCGGAAAAUUCCCGAUUUUUCGAAAUAUGAAAAUGUGAGAAUUGAUCAUGAUAUUGGAUGGAUUGAAGAAGAUCAGGAUGAAGAUCAGGAAGAAGAUUCGGAGAGAAGACGAAGAAUGAAACGGGAAAAUGAAGAGACGCAGAGAAAUGUUGUGACUUUUGAGGAUGUUGAAGAAUUUACAAUGAUGACUGAUAUGGAGGUUUGGUUUUGUGGGGGAAAAAUGCGAGAUUUUUUGAUGGAAAUAAGCCUCAGGCUUUGAAAAUGAACCCAAAUUCGAGAUUUUUAGCUCAUUUUCGAUCUGGAAAUAGAUUUUUGGUCAUCUGAGCUCUGAUCAUUGCCACCUCAUUAAUUAUCAAUUUUUAUGGAAGAUAUUGAUCCCAAAUUCGGGUUUUUGGUGAAAAUAAGCCUCAGACCUUGAAAAGGGGCCCACAUUCAGUAAUUUUGGCUAAUUUUUGACCAGAAAAUGGGUUUUUGAGCAUUUUUGAGCUCUGUGAAAUUUCCACGUCAUAACUAGGAAUUUUUAAGCUCAAAUUCAGGAUUUUUGGCUCAUUUUUGACCCGGGGACAUAUUUUUCAGCAUUUUUUGAACUUUCAGACUUUUAGGAAGCAAUUUGAGCUCAAAUUCAGGAUUUGCUUAUUUUUGAGAUUUUCAAAUUGACACGUCAUAACAAGGGAUUUUUGGAGAAGAUUUUGAGCCCAAGUUCGGGAUUUCUAGCUCAUUUUUGACUUUGGAAAGGGGUUUUGAGAAUUUUUAAAACUGUCCUAAUUGCCACGUCAUAACUAGGAAUUUUUGAGCCCAAAUCGGAGAUUUUUGGCUUAUUUUUAACCUAGGAAAAGAAUUGUAUCAUUUUUGUAGAUCGAAGAUAUGACACGUGCAGAAAAGGAGAAAAUUCGACAAAAUCUGAAAUCUCUCGAAAAAUAUAUGGAAACAAAUCGAGAAAACACAGAUGAAUCGAUUUUCGACGAAUACAUCAAAAAAGCCAAAAUCUAUCUGGCACACGUGGAAAAACUCGACAAAUUCGGUGUCAAUCUACAAAUUCAUCGCAAAAAACUCGGCGAAUUGCGACAAUUUCGCUACAGCGAAUUUGCGGAUGCAUUGGCUUUUCUUGGGGCAACCACACAAGCACUUUAUCAAUUGAUUACGAAUGGCGGAGAUGCGAGUUUGAAAUUUGUGGAAGAGGGAAGAACGGCUGAUCCAUUUGAGGCUGGAGUCAAAUUUAGGUGCGAUUUUUUGGGGCGGGGAUUGGGAUUUGGUAAUUUUUGAGUGGACAUAUGGCUAGGAAAUGUGAGAAAAUUCUGAAUUUCCAGAUUUUUGAGCUGAAAGUUCAGAAUUUCAUUCUGUAUUUCUAGAAUUUUGAGCUUUUAAAAAUGGAAAAUUUAGCUGGAUUUCCAGAUUUUUUAACUCACAAUCAGAGGAUAUUUUGAAUAAUUAUUUCCAGAUUUUCUAGCUGAAAAUUUGAAAUUUUAAAGUAUUUUGCACUUGGUCCUAAAAAAAUCCCAGAAAAUCUAGAACUAAAAAUUUUCAGAUUUCAGGAAAUUAUAGUUUCAAAUUGUUUUCAAAAUCUAAAAUUUAUUUGAGUCCAAAAAAUGAAGAAAAUUUCAAAUUUUAGAACUAGAACAUUUAAGUUUUGCUCAAAUUUUAAACCUGGAAAUUCAAGUUCAAAAUUUUCAGAAGAAAAUCCUGAAAAUCUGAAAAGUCUGUAAUUUUGAGAAAGUAAAAAUCCACAAUUUUCAGAUUUUUUUAAAUUAACAAGGCAGAAAUUUGAAUUUGAAAGUCUGUAAUUUUUCUGAAAUUUCUGUGAACUCUUGGACAAACUUCAAAUUCACGCUGAAAAUUUGAAUUUUCAGCAUACCUGAUCCUGAAAUGUUCCCCAAAAUCUCAAUUUCCAGCGUUCGACCCGCCAAAAAAUCAUGGAAACUCAUCGAAAAUCUAUCAGGCGGUGAAAAAACCCUCGCCUCACUUUGUUUCGUUUUCGCUAUGCAUCAUUAUCGAUCAACUCCACUUUAUGUGAUGGAUGAAAUCGAUGCAGCUCUAGAUUCACAAAAUGUCAGACUCAUCGCAAAUUAUAUCCGCAAUUCGGAGCGCACCAAAAACGCGCAAUUCAUCAUUAUUUCUCUGCGCAAUCAGAUGUUCGAGGUGGGAAAUCGAUUGAUUGGAGUUUAUAAGGUGAAUGAUUGUACACAUCAUGUGGUUUUGGCACCAAAACAACUCAAAAAUACGGUACAAGAAGUCACGCAAAAACUCAUGGAAAAACUGAAAUUGCAUCGAAAAGCGGCUGAAGCUCCCGAAGCUUCUGCUUCUACCAAACAAUUUUUCUUGCAACCCACUGUGUUUUUGGCACCAAAAACACCCGUCGCCACCACACCACGUCGACGAACAAUUAUUGCACCACGAAUCGAGGAUUUGGAACCGGUUGUGAUGACGAGUUCGACGAAUGGAAUCAAGCAGAAACAAGUUGUUGAAGUGGUGUUUGAGAAUGAUUUUGAUUUUGAGGUUGGUGAUUUUUUUGGGUUGGGAAUUUUUUCUGGUAAAAAAUGAGAGAACACACGUUAAAUUUAGUCAAAAAUAAGCUAAAAUUUUGAUAUUUCUAGGAAAAAAGUGUGCCAGGCUUACAAAAUUAAGCUCCGCCCCUUUUUCUUAUGAAAAAGCUGGAACACGUCAAAUUUGAUCAAUUUUGAGCCCAGAUACAUUAAAAAUGAGCUAUGGUAAAAAAUGAACAAAAACACAAUGAACAAAAACAUUUCUGGUAAAAAAUGAACAAAAACACGUCAAAUUUGGUAAAAAAUGAGAUAGAAUUUUGAAAUUUUGAGAAAAAAAAAAGUGUGCCAGGCUUGCAAAAACUAAGCUCCGCCCCUUAUUCUCAUGAAAAAACUAAAACACGUCAAAUUUGAUCAAUUUUGAGCCCAGAUACAUUAAAAAUGAGCUAUGUUAAGCCAAAAAUCUAAUUUUUGUACAAAAAAAGUGUGUCAGGCUUGCUAAAUAAAGCUCCGCCCUUUUUUGACUGAAAAAGCUUGAAACCGUCAAAUUUGAUGAAUUUACAGCCAAAAAAACCUGAAAUUUUGAUAUUUCUAGGAAAAAAGUGUGCCAGGCUUGCAAAAAUUGAGCCCUGCCCACUUUUUCUCAUGAAAAAGCUAGAACACUUCAAAUUUGGUCAAAAAUAAGCUUAAAUUUGAAUAUUUGCAGAAAAAAAGUGUGCCAGGCUUGCAAAAUCAAGAUUCGCCUCUUUUUGAUCAAUUUUGCAAUUCUGGCACACAGAAGUGGGCGUGGCUUACAAAAACCACGCCCACAAAUCUACGGGCUCUGAAAAACCCCAAUGUUUUCCAGGAAGACGAAGCUCCGGUCAAAAAACGUCGGCGUCGCACAGUUUGUGAUGAUGAUGAUGAUGAAGAAGAAGAAGAAGAUCAAGAAGAAGAGUUCGCCGAAGUCGCAACAACAUCAAACGCGGCGACAAAUUCGCCGACGACAUCUCGUCGCGCGACUCGCUCAACCUGUAAAUAG